GCCCCGCCUGAAGAAAAGCUGAGGCGCAUUCUCCACCUGCCCUCUUUCCCCACAGCCGCGGGAAUGGAUACAUCUGCCCACGUGCGGAAGGUCAGCAGGCCAUGACAACGACCACAACCACCACCACCGCAACCGCAAAGCGCUCUAUCUCCGGCCCUACUGACCCUCUGCGGCUGUGCUCUCGCACCUCGCAGCUCACAGAGAUGGCCACGAACGAUCAAGAGCACAUUGACGCUUAUGAGACAUUGGAUCUUACAGAAUUUGGCAAAAAACAACCUUGGUGGCGCGAAUUUUUCAGGAAGUAUACACGGUCUGCGGGAGAGAAGUACAGUGUGGCAACCCAGCUCCUGAUUGGCGGCAUCAUGGGCUGGUGCACUGGCUUCAUAUUCCAGAAAGUUGGAAAGCUAGCUGCCACAGCGGUGGGAGGGGGCAUUAUCCUCCUUGAGCUCGCAAACCAUACUGGCCACAUCAAAGUUGACUGGAAGCGCGUAGAGAAGGACAUGAAAAAGGCUAAGAAACAACUGAAGAUUCGGAAGAGCGCCCAAUUACCAACUGAGGUCAAGAGCAAAGCUGAAGAGUUGGUGUCGUUCGUAAAGCAGAAUGUAUUAGUAACUGGAGGAUUUUUUGGAGGCUUUGUGCUCGGUAUGGCAUCCUAAAGGGGUAUCACUCCACUCCUACGAUUCAGCAGCCUCUAUCUACCAUCGUAGAAAAAUCCAGAGGCUUUCCACUUCCUCUUCAUGCCUGCCCUCCUCCCUGUUGUAAAUCUGCCCAUGCAAAUUAACACAGGUCCUCCCAUGGGCUUGACAAGCCACAGGGCAGCGCACUCUCCAUCUGGAGGUCAACAGGAAUGGGCCUUCCCCCGUGUGUAAAA